CAUCCCCAUUUCGUAAUUAUGGAAACAAAACCUGUUAAUAGAGCUGAAUUCACUCUCCCACUCAGUUUUAACAAAUCAAAUGACCAAAACCCGCCAUUUUUCCAACUUGAUGAAUCUUCGUCCCUCCUCUCACCUCCAAAAACUAACCAGUCUUCUUCUUCUUCUUCUUCACCACCACCAAAAACCCACCAUUUCUUCCGUCCUCCAAAUCCAAGCUCAGCUCACCACCACCGGCCUCCUCUCCUCCGACCCCUCAUGCAUUCUCUCUCUCCUCAAUCUCUCUCUCUCAACUCCUUCCACUCUCCACCUCGCAGCUCCCAUUUUCACUUUCGCCCGCACCAAAGCGCCCAACCGCCUCACAUGGCCCCUCAUGCUCCGCGGACUCGGCUUACGCGCCGACCCUUUAAAGGUCUUCUCCUUGUUCAGCGCCGUCCAAAGAGUAAUCCCAAAUGACCCUUUUGUUUACGCUUCUUUGCUCAAAGGUUGUGCCAGGUUGUCGGCUUUGCGAGAAGGGAAGUCGGUGCAUUGUCGGGUUUUGAGAAUUGGAUUGGAUUGGAAUGUCAAUCUGGUGAACAGUUUGAUAAGUUUGUAUUCGUGUUCCAGGUUUUUGAUUGGGUAUGCACGCGUUCUGUUUGAUGGAAUGUCUGAUAAGAGUGUUGUUACGGUUAAUUCUAUGGUUUCCGGGUUGGUGAAGAAUAAGUUGUUUGAUGAUGGUUUGGGUUUGUUUAAGCGAGCUUUGGCGGGGGUUUUCGGAGGGGCAGUGAAGCCGAAUUAUGUUACUUUGGUUGUUUUGGUUUCUGGGUGUGUUGAGGUUGGAAGAUUUGGUGUUGGAAAGUCUCUCCAUUGUUACUGUUGUAAGACGGGGUUGGGUUUUGCGGUUGAGGUGUGUAAUGCACUCAUUGAUUUGUAUUCAAAGUUUGCGUGUAUGGAUGAGUCGUCGGUGUUGUUUGAUGAAAUGGCCGAAAGAGAUUUGGUUUCGUGGAACACUAUGAUUUCUAGCUGCGCUUUGAAUGGGAACUGCGCGGGAGCUUUCUCUUUGUUUAAAGAAAUGAGAGCAAGGGAUGUGGGGUUUGACAGAGUAUCCUUGAUUAGUUUGAUUUUGGCUGCGAGUAGUGAUGUAGAUCUUCAUAUGGUAAAGAUGGCUCAUGGUUUUAUAAAAGCUAUUGGAAUAGAGAUCACUCUACAAAUUGGGACCGCGCUGAUUAACAUCUAUGCAAAAUGUGGUUCCAUAGACUCUGCUAGAAAGAUUUUUACUGAAAUAGAUGAUGGACAUAUUGUGUCUUGGAAUUCUAUGAUUCACGCAUAUGUUGGAUGUGGGCAUGAUAAUGAGGCUUUAGAGCUCUUCAGUCAAAUAAAAUCGAGAAAUUUAAAACCGGAUGAAGUGACAAUGCUAGGACUAAUCUUAGCUUGCCGCAACUCCGGGGAAUUGAAUCAUGGCGUUGACAUUCAUUCUUACAUCGAAUCCUGUAGUCAUCUCAAUCAGAGUGGCAUAUUACACAAUGCUCUUAUUGAUAUGUAUGCAAAAUGUGGUGACAUGACACAGGCUAAGGUUGUGUUUGAUAAGAUGCCUAAAAAGGAUGUUGUUUCAUGGACCUCAAUUAUAGUAGGUCACGCAGUCAAUGGCCAAGGGGAGGAAGCGCUUGUUGCUUUCAGGAGAAUGGAAGCUGAGAAAGUAGAGCCAAACUCCAUUACAUUUCUUGGCCUUCUCUCUGCGUGUGAUCAUGCUGGCUUGGUUGAGGAAGGUAAAAGGUUUUAUGAUACUAUGUGUAAUUUUUACCAUAUUUGGCCGAGAAUCGAGCACUAUGGAUGUGUUGUUGAUAUGCAUGCACGAUCUGGGAGGCUAGAAGAGGCUCACAAGCUUGUAAAGAGUAUGCCUGUCGAGCCAAAUUCGGUUAUUUGGAGGAUGCUAGUCAGUGCUUGUAAAGUUCACAGUAAUUACGAUAUGGGAUCGAACUUAAUCGGUGAGCUAACAGAACGAAAGGCAUUAUAUAGUGCUGAAAAUCAUGUUGUUUCUUCCAACUUUUAUGCUGAAACAGGAAGGUGGGGUGAUGUUUUAAACGAAAGAAGCUUCAUGGCCGCAUGCAAAGCUACAAAAAUUGCUGGUAAAAGCUCGAUUUCCAAUUUUUCGGAAUGAAAGUCCGAGGUGUUGAGCUUGUACUUAAGUGAUGCUAUUACGGAUGCGAAUGCAAAGUGGGCAACAGAAUUGAGGAAUUUUAAGUGUUGUUCAAUUCAUUCAGUUAGCUAUUGGUCUCAAAUACACCUGAUUUUCACAGUGAAAAGAAGAGUCAUAUUGGUCUUGAAGCUAUGAACCAAUUUUCUGUUUAGGCUAUUGGUCUCAAAUUGGACCUCAUUAAUGCUUUACAUAUCGUACUGC